UGCUUGGACUUUGUGCUCCGGGAUGGGUAAAUGCUGACUGAAAAUGCCACACCAGCCAGCGAUGCAUAUUUAAAGGACAAUCUGGAGCCGAAGGUGGCGGCCACGCUUGUAGUCCCAGCUACUCUGGAAGCUGAGGUGGAAGGCUCGCUUGGGCCCAGGAGAGUCCAGCCUGGGCAAAACACAGCAAGACCAUCUCUUUAAAAAAGUCUAAAACAAAGAUUUCAUCUUCUCAGUAUUUUUGUGCACCAACUCACACUAUUUUGAAUAGAAGAACUAAGAAUGGGUGGGAAGAGAAUGGGAUGUUUUUCCCUUAAGACAAUCAGGGAAUUCCAGAGCAGUAUGCAUUCUGGGCAGCCAUUUUCAGUGGAGCAUUUGACUGUGCCUCUUAUCCCUCACUCUGAACUCCAAAUUGGUCAUGGAAGAGAAUCAUUCUUAGUGGAAGUCAGAUUGAAGCUAAACCAGUUUUCUUUUUACACUACCUUCCUAUCUGCAUGUAAUUUACAAAAAGGAAUUGCAUCAAGCCGCCUUCCUUAUAAUGCUACAGAGAUUAGAUAAUGAGGCAGAAUAUGAAGUUGCCGAUGAUGAGGACCGAAGUGAUUGUGGACUGUUAAUCUUAGAUAGAUUCUUCAAUGAUAAGUUGGCAGCCCCUUUACCAGAGAUACCUCCAGAUGUUGUGACAGAAUGUAGAUGGGGACUGAAGGAGGAGAAGCCUUCCAAAAAAGUCUUUGAGGAAUGUACUAGAGUUGCCCAUAACUACUUAAGAGGGGAACCAUUUGAAGAAUACCAAGAAAGCUCAUAUUUUUCUCAAUUUUUACAAUGGAAAUGGCUGGAAAGGCAACCCGUAACAAAGAACACAUUUAGACAUUACAGAGUUCUAGGAAAAGGCGGAUUUGGAGAGGUUUGUGCCUGUCAAGUGCGAGCCACAGGAAAAAUGUAUGCCUGUAAAAAGCUACAAAAAAAAAGAAUAAAGAAGAGGAAAGGUGAAGCUAUGACUCUAAAUGAAAAAAGAAUUCUGGAGAAAGUGCAAAGUAGAUUCGUAGUUAGUUUAGCCUAUGCUUAUGAAACCAAAGAUGCCUUGUGCUUGGUGCUCACCAUUAUGAAUGGAGGGGAUUUGAAGUUUCACAUUUACAACCUGGGCAAUCCCGGCUUUGAUGAGCAGAGAGCUGUUUUCUAUGCUGCAGAGCUGUGUUGCGGCUUGGAAGAUUUACAGAGGGAAAGAAUCGUAUACAGAGACUUGAAGCCUGAGAAUAUUCUCCUUGAUGAUCGUGGACACAUCCGGAUUUCAGACCUUGGUUUGGCCUUGGAGAUCCCAGAAGGACAGAUGGUUCGAGGGAGAGUUGGAACAGUCGGCUACAUGGCACCUGAAGUUGUCAAUAAUGAAAAGUAUACGUUUAGUCCCGAUUGGUGGGGACUUGGCUGUCUGAUCUAUGAAAUGAUUCAGGGACAUUCUCCAUUCAAAAAAUUCAAAGAGAAAGUCAAACGGGAGGAGGUCGAUCAAAGAAUCAAGAAUGAUACUGAGGAGUAUUCCGAGAAGUUUUCGGAGGAUGCCAAAUCUAUCUGCAGGAUGUUACUCACCAAGAAUCCAAGUGAGCGGCUAGGCUGCAGGGGUGAGGGAGCGGCUGGGGUGAAGCAGCACCCCGUGUUCAAGGAUAUCAACUUCAGGAGGCUGGAGGCAAACAUGCUGGACCCCCCUUUCUGUCCUGAUCCUCAUGCCGUUUACUGUAAGGACGUCCUGGAUAUCGAGCAGUUCUCGGCGGUGAAAGGGAUCUACCUGGACACCGCAGAUGAAGACUUCUACGCUCGGUUUGCUACAGGGUGUGUCUCCAUCCCCUGGCAGAAUGAGCUGUCAUGGCUGCCUGGAGCCUGCAGCCGGGAUCUUUGUGCUGCCUGCUGCGUGAGAACCCAUGGCAUAGGCCUCGGUGAGUUUAAACCAAACAGUGACACAUCGGACAGCUGCGUGCAGGAGAGGAACCACAGUGCCUGAGGGACACAGCGCUCCCUGGGCCGCUUUCACACGAGCAGCAGGGGCGGCCACGCUUCCAGGCAGACGUUUCACUUGCAUCGGGGUGUCGGGAAAAUCAGCUUCCACAGGUACCCACCGCCGGCUCCAGCAGGGGCACUGAGGCCGGUCCUGGGAGGAAAACACCAGCGGGGAUGUCACCAUGAGGUUGGGAGCCUUCUUUGUAGGAGGGGAAGGGGAAGGGGACGUUAUCUUGGGGACUUGGGGUCUUUAUUCUUUGGGGGAAUGGAAAUAGCUUUGCUUUUCUUCUGAUUGAGGCAAAACUCAUUAAAGAGUAAGGCUUUUUGGAAGCGGGUGACCGUGGCGGGACCCUGGACCCCUCUCCUCUGUGCCUCACUGUCCUCAGCUGCAGAAUGAAGAUGGCAGGAGUUGACGCCCCCGGGAUGCUGAGAGCAGGUUUCAGAGUCUGCAAAGCAUGUAGCACGGUGUUGACUGCAUGGUCACCAAUCAGUAACUAUGCCAGUAAUCGCGGAAAAAUAAUACAUGCUCAUGGUAGAAAAUACAGGAAACCAUGCAGAAAAGAAAAAUCACCAUUAUUCCACCCCCACCCCCAUUUCCACUCUGAGUCUUUCCAGGAGUUCUUCCACAGCAGCAGCACAGUGUGGACGACUCUGCUGGGGGCUGGGGACCUGGCUGGGCUGAGGCCCUGACUUCCUUGCCAGCCACAGGGCCUCUGUAAAGGCCUGCCUCUCGCGGGUGUCGAAGUUUAGGGACACCUGCCUGUCAGAGGCAUUUGAACCAGAGCAGCUCUAUCUUGAAUGGGGGCGGGGUAAAGUGAGGCUGAGACCUGCUGGGCCGCAUUGCCAGGAGAUUAGGCAUUCUUAGUUACAGGAUGAGAUAGGAGGUCGGCACAAGAUACACGUCCCAAAGAGCUUGCUGAUAAAACAGACUGUUUUAAAG